CAAAGACACAUGUUGGCGGGCGGUAUUCGUGCCGGGGACAAAGGACCGUUCGCCCGGGCCACAACAAUGCUAAAUACCCUGCAGACCCUGCACACCCCUGCUGGUUGUUGACUUACCCAGUAUUACAACUCACCUUGUCAUUGAGUAUUAAAUCGAAGCUACGAUGAUCGUCAAAUCCUCGCUCACAUCCCUGCUCUGCCUCCAGGGCGCCCUCGCGGCCACCGACUACCUCUCCCACGCCAAAGCGGCGGUGACGACCCUGCAGAAAUGGUACAACCCGAGCACGGGGCUGUGGGACACGACCGGCUGGUGGAACAGCGCCAACUGCCUGACGGUGCUGGCGGACCUGACCGCGCUGAACGCGAGCCAGCUGGGCGCGAACGCCGCCGUCUUCGCCAACACCCUCACGCGGGCGCAGGGGUCAACCGCCGCGCGCGCCGUGAAGCGCGAGGCCCACGCCCGCGCCCACGCCAGCCGCAGCAACACCCACCGCCUCACGCGCCGCGCCUACCCCGGCUUCAUCAACGACUACUACGACGACGAAGCCUGGUGGGCGCUGGCCUGGAUCGCGGUGUACGACCUCACACAGGAGACGCGCUAUCUGAGCACGGCGGCGAGCAUCUUCGCCGACAUGACGACGGGCUGGAACGCGACGUGCGGCGGCCUGUGGUGGGACAAAUCGCACACGCAGAACGGGGCGAUCGAGAACGAGCUGUUCCUCAGCGUGGCGUCGCACCUGGGGCGGCGGAUGCCCGCGCAGGCGGGGUACUAUAAGGAGUGGGCGGCGCAGAGCUGGGGCUGGUUCGCGCGCAGCGGGCUGAUCAACGACCAGCACACGAUCAACAACGGGCUGCAUCUGGGCAGCUGCCGCAACGACGGCGGCACGGUGUGGACCUACAACCAGGGGGUGAUUCUGGGGGCGCUCGUCGAGAUGGCCCAGCUGUUCGGGGACGCGUCGUAUGUCUCCACGGCGCAGCAGAUCGCGGGCGCGGCGAUGAGCGCGCUCGCCAACGCGGACGGCGUGCUGACCGAGCCGUGCGAGCCGAAUUGCACCGGAGACGCGCCCCAGUUCAAGGGCGUGUUCAUGCGCAAUCUGGCGGCGCUGUACAAGGCGGCGCCCAGUGAGCAGAUCCGCAGCUUCCUGCUGAAGAAUGCGGAUAGUAUCUGGGAGAAGGACCGGGGCGAUGGCGAUGCGCUGGGGGGGACUUGGUCGGGCCCGUUUGCGGGCGCUGAUGCCUCGACGCAGAGCUCCGCGUGUGAUGCGCUCGUCGCCGCCGCUGCUGUUAGUCAAUGA